GACUCGUUUGUUACGGACAUCAGCGGUUCUAGUCUCAGCUCCCGUUACAGUUAUGGCCUAAAGGAUCUUCCUUCUUCAGCCUCUAAAUUUGUAAAAGAAGAUAUGGACGCGCUGAACGCGACCUUCAUACCGGCUACUGACGAAAACGAUGUCAUACCCAAUGUUAGAGCCACGAACUUUCCAUACACAUACCUUCUCCCAGACAUCGGUCGUGAUAUUCUCGAUAGUGCUACCUUCGAUGUUGACAUGAUCAGAAUUUCAGAUGGACAUGUCAAAAGUUUUAUUCACAAACUUCACAAAGUUGUCAGAAAUGCAGGUCUCGACAUAGGAACGGAGGAGUCUAAGACUGACUCACUAGUAAACCAUCUACUAUGUCGCACUAUUGACUUUGAUAACUGGCCAUUGGAUGUUGAACUCAAAGAAAGCUACAAGCUAUCUGUUAGUGAUAUAAAUGUCAGAGCAGUAACUGAAUUUGCAAUAGAAAAGAAAAAUGUUGCUAUGACGAUUGUUGAGGAUAAACAUUUAAAAAACGUUAAAGCAAUGACUGACUUCGGGGAAGCACAAAUGCUUGCUGAAAUACUUGCUGCAGAGAUUUCUAAAGCAUAUUUGCAGGAACUUUGUAGGGGGUUGCCAAAAACACAGUCAGUUGUAAUUCGACGAUGGCCUGGGCAAAAUGGUUUGAGGAGUGGUUUUGACCUUGCACAACCAGAUGGGAGACAGGCAGUGCUUACAGCAUUGACCAAGAUUCAUCAGUUUCUCUUACAAUAA